CGCUGACGUCACAAGUCCUGCGCCUCCUCAAAUCUGCGACGCGGGCGGAAGGUCAUCUCCGUAACCGGCUCGGCCUGUGGUGCAGUAGUCGCCAUGUUGUCGGUCGCCGCCCGCUCGGGCCCGUUCGCGCCCGUCCUCUCGGCCACGUCCCGCGGGGUGGUGGGCGCGCUGAGGCCCUUGGUACAGGCUUCGGUGCCCGCCACCCCGGAGCCGCUGGUGCUGGACGUGAAGCGACCUUUCCUGUGCCGGGAGUCCCUGAGUGGCCAGGCCGUGGGACGGCCUCUGGUCGCCUCCGUGAGCCUCAAUGUCCCUGCAUCUGUUCGUUACUCCCAUACAGAUGUCAGAGUGCCUGACUUCUCCGACUAUCGCCGCGCUGAAGUUUUAGAUAGCACGAAGUCUUCAAAGGAGAGCAGUGAAGCUAGAAAAGGCUUCUCAUAUUUGGUAACUGCAACAACUACUGUGGGUGUCGCAUAUGCUGCUAAGAAUGCUGUCACCCAGUUUGUUUCCAGCAUGAGUGCUUCUGCCGAUGUACUGGCCAUGUCGAAAAUUGAAAUCAAGUUGUCUGAUAUUCCGGAAGGCAAGAACAUGGCUUUCAAGUGGAGAGGCAAACCCCUGUUUGUGCGUCAUAGAGCCCAGAAGGAAAUUGAGCAAGAAGCUGCGGUUGAAGUGUCCCAGCUGAGGGACCCACAGCAUGAUUUAGAACGAGUCAAGAAACCUGAGUGGGUUAUCCUGAUUGGUGUUUGUACUCAUCUUGGUUGUGUACCCAUUGCAAAUGCAGGAGAUUUUGGUGGUUAUUACUGCCCUUGCCAUGGGUCACACUAUGAUGCCUCUGGCAGGAUCAGGAAGGGGCCUGCGCCCCUCAACCUUGAAGUUCCCACGUAUGAGUUCACCAGUGAUGAUUUAGUGAUUGUUGGGUAGAGACUUGGACUCAAGUCCUAGGCUAGGCUUCUUGUAGUCUUCCUAUCACGGCAGAAGAGUUGAGAGCAAGCUCUCUGUACUUCAACUUGGUUAAUUUGGAAUAGUUAAAAAUUGUUAAUAAUGUAUUUGCAAACAUUAAUGUGAAGUGCAUUGAAUUUAAUGUUGAAUAAUUUCAAGCAUUCACGUAAUAAAGCCACUGCUAAACAUUGUUAAACUGUCAGACUUGAAAGGUAUGUUGUCUUUGAUAACAAUUCUAAUUAAAAAUUACAAACUGGUGUACAAGA